CAGCUUUUGAAAUGAUGAGGUUUUCUGUUGUGCAAGUACUUUCCUAGAAAUAAUAAUGUACUUCGAAGAUGCAUAUUACGAAAGUGGAUAUGUCUAUAAGUGAGGAGCAGCGCCCACGGUAUGGAAUCACAAUCCAGGAGCUGCAACACCUUUCGGAGCUGCAAGGGUACGCGGCCGUCGCUGAAAUUGAGAAGUUUGGAGGAAUUGGAGGGCUGUGCAGGCUGCUGCGAACAUCCCCCACUAGAGGUCUCAGUGGGAUACGAGCAGAUUUGGAGAACAGAAGGAAGGUAUUUGGUUCCAAUAUGGUACCGCCGAAACCGCCAAAAACAUUUCUUCACCUCAUAUGGGAAGCUCUCCAAGAUGUCACCCUCAUUGUUUUAGAAAUUGCUGCUUUGGUGUCAUUGGGUCUUUCAUUUUAUCCUUAUAAGGAAAGACAGGAAGCUGGUGUCGCAAUCGAUAAGGAUGAGUCUCAUGGAUGGAUAGAGGGCUUGGCCAUCCUUCUGUCUGUGACAGUGGUUGUACUUGUGACAGCAGUCAAUGAUUAUACAAAGGAAAAGCAGUUUCGCAGCCUGCAAAAGAAGAUUGAAAUUGAACACAGAUACACUGUGCUAAGAGCUGGUAACAUCCACCUGAUUCCUGUACGUGAUAUUGUUGUGGGUGACAUAUGCCAGGUUAAGUAUGGUGAUCUCCUUCCAGCAGAUGGUAUUCUGAUACAGAGCAAUGACUUGAAAGUGGAUGAGUCUUCUCUGACUGGUGAAUCGGAGCUCGUUAGGAAGGAAGUGCUGGUCAAGCCUAUUCUGUUAUCAGGAACUCAUGUGAUGGAAGGCAGUGGUAGGAUGUUGGUAACUGCUGUUGGAGUGAAUUCUCAGGCUGGAAUAAUUGUCAAAUUACUGGGAGCUGCCGCAGAUGAAGACGUGCAGGGAAAGAACAAGAAGAAGAAGAAGGAGGAGGAAGAAGUGGAGGGGGAGGAAAGUAAAAAAUCAGAAGGAUCACAUAAAAAUGUGACGUCAGACUUCCCAGUUGUUGUAGCUUCUUCUGCAACAACCUUCUGCAUCUAUGCAACAUUUCAAGGACAACUUGUAAUUAUGUUUCUUAUAAAAAGUGACCAAAAUUGUUAUUUUGUUUCUCCAUAUGCAGAAGCCGGUAAAGACGUUCCAUCAGCAUCAGUUUCAACAAUGGGCAGGUUCCGAGGUUACACGGGCUCUCAAGAAGAAGGACGUCCAUUGACAUCAAAGAAACAUAAGUCUGUACUGCAGGCCAAACUGACAAGACUUGCUGUACAGAUAGGAUAUGCAGGCUCAUUUGUUUCUGCAAUGAUAGUAAUUAUACUAGUCAUGCAGUACUGUAUCAGAACGUACGUCAUCGAAAAAGAGCAGUGGAAGCCUUCACAUGCCAACGAAUUUGUGCGACACUUCAUCAUUGGCGUUACAGUGCUGGUAGUCGCUGUGCCUGAAGGUCUGCCACUGGCUGUAACUCUGGCUCUGGCCUAUUCAGUUAAGAAAAUGAUGUAUGACAACAACUUAGUGAGGCAUCUAGAUGCAUGUGAAACAAUGGGAAAUGCAACUGCAAUUUGCUCUGACAAAACUGGAACUCUCACCACCAACAGGAUGACUGUGGUGCAGUCAUUUGCAUGUUCAAUACUUAGAACAAAGGUGCCACCAUACUCAGAUAUUCCAGCGCCUGUUGGCAGUCUGAUUGUUGAAGCUGUAGCAGUUAACACUGCCUACACAUCGAGUGUGCUGCCAGCAGAUAGCCGUGGAGGUCUCCCAAAACAAUUUGGUAACAAGACAGAGUGUGCACUUCUGGGAUUUGUGCUGAGCAUGGGAAAAGACUAUGAGGCCGUAAGAGCUGACAUGCCAGAAGAAAGUUUCACCAAGGUGUACACGUUUAACUCCAUACGCAAGUCCAUGAGUACGGUCAUACCGAUUGCAGGCGGUGGCUACAGACUCUUCUCGAAAGGUGCUGCAGAAGUCAUGCUCAAUAAAUGUUCCUUUAUUUAUGGCCGCAAUGGUAAACUGGAUGUCUUUACGCAUGAAAUGCAACAAAAUGUGAUUCGACUCAUUAUCGAACCAAUGGCACGUGAUGGCCUGCGUACAAUAGCUCUAGCAUACAAGGACUUUGUGCGGACGAGUGCUGCAAAGAAUGAUGUGUAUAUAGACAGUGAGCCAAAUUGGGAUGACGAGGACUAUAUUGUCAGUGAUUUGACGUGUCUUUGUAUUGUCGGCAUUCAGGAUCCUGUUAGAGCUGAGGUUCCAGAAGCCAUACAGCAAUGUCAACAGGCAGGGAUCACAGUCCGUAUGAUAACAGGUGACAAUAUACACACUGCGAGAGCCAUAGCAAUGAAGUGUGGCAUCAUUCAUCCUGACAGUACAUAUCUCGUCAUGGAAGGGAAUGAAUUUGACAGGCGAAUAAGGGACAGCGAUGGAAAAGUCAGCCAACACCUGCUGGACCUCGUGUGGCCCAAUCUCAGGGUACUAGCACGGUCUUCACCAAAAGACAAAUACACACUGGUUAAAGGUAUGAUUGAGAGCAAGCUAUCUCCAAACAGGGAAAUAGUUGCUGUCACCGGAGAUGGAACCAAUGAUGGUCCAGCUCUGAAGAUUGCUGAUGUUGGGUUUGCUAUGGGGAUUGCAGGAACAGAUGUUGCCAAGGAAGCCUCUGAUAUCAUUCUGACAGAUGACAACUUCAGAAGCAUUGUGAAGGCUGUAAUGUGGGGGCGGAAUGUUUACGACAGCAUCGCCAAGUUCCUGCAGUUCCAGCUCACUAUAAACAUUGUCGCUGUCGUUCUGGCCUUCACUGGUGCCUGCGUCAUUCAAGCAAGUCCUCUCAAGGCCGUGCAGAUGCUGUGGGUCAAUCUGAUCAUGGACACAUUAGCGUCACUGGCACUCGCCACAGAUAUUCCCAAUGUGGAACUCCUCAAAAGGAAGCCUUACGGGCGCACAAAGCCUCUCAUUUCCCGACGUAUGAUGAAACAGAUUGAAUCCCAAGUGUUGUACCAGCUUUCAGUAACUCUUGCACUCCUUUUUGUAGGAGAUAAGCUGUUGGAUAUCCCAUCAGGCACAGGGAGUCAUGAGCCCACUGAGCAUUUUACAGUAAUAUUCAAUACAUUUGUAAUGAUGGCUCUGUUCAAUGAAAUAAAUUCCCGAAAAAUCCACGGUCAGAUGAAUGUAUUUUCUGGAAUGCUUCAAAAUAAAAUUUUCUGUGGCAUCUGGAUUUCAACAUUCAUAGCUCAAGUUGCGAUUGUCCAUUAUGGCUCGGUAGCAUUUUCGACAGUCCCUCUGUCACUCGACCAGUGGAUGUGGUGUUUGUUCUUUGGCAUUGGGGCAUUAGUAUGGAGAGCACUGAUAAACCCAAUACCUACAAGGAUAACAGCAACGACACUACUGCGGGUUCGUGACAGGCAUGAAGCUCACCAUAAGGUCCUUCCAAGCCCGAGUGAACCGAUGCUUCCUCGGAGUCGGGUUUUGUGGCUUCGAGGGAUUUCGAGAAUACGCACUCAGAUCAGAGUGGUGAACGCUUUCCGCGAAGGAGUGGAGAAGCGUGUGAACCUGGAAGACCCCGCAAUAAUCGAGGCCCUGCAGAAGCACGCGACGUACUCGAGGCGACUGUCCGCCAGUUUCUCGGUGCCCACAUAG